UAAUCCCUUAGUGUUAUAUUGGGAUAGAAACUGUUAUACAGAUAGAAGGCAAAUUCAUCCGUAAACCCAGUGCUUCUUAUUUGAUCAGAACUUUAAAGUUGAGUUAUUAUCGUUGAAUGGCAGGGAAGAGCAAAAUCCUGGUUAUUGGAGGAACAGGAUACAUAGGAAAAUUCAUAGUUAAGGCUAGCACAGAAGCAGGACAUCCCACGUUUGUGUUGGUGAGAGAGAAGACUGUUUCAGAUCCUCAAAAGUCUAUACUUAUUGAGACCUUCAAGACCUCUGGAGCCACUCUGCUAUAUGGUGAUCUAAAUGAUCACGAAAGCCUUGUGAAGGCAUUGAAGGAGGUUGAUGUUGUAAUAUCUACAGUGGGUGGAGAGCAGAUAGAUGAUCAAGUGAAGCUGAUUGCAGCAAUUAAAGAAGCUGGAAACAUCAAGAGGUUCCUCCCAUCGGAAUUCGGGCUUGAUGUGGAGAGUCACAACGCAGUUGAACCAGCAGCGAGCUUUUUCAAUAAAAAGGUGAAAAUCAGAAGAACAAUUGAAGCUGAAGAAAUCCCCUACACAUACGUUUGUUCAUAUGGUUUUUUUGGAUACUACUUGUCUACACUGGGACAACAAAAUGUCACAGCCCCUCCCCGGGAUAAGGUUGUCAUUCUAGGAAAUGGAAACGUGAAAGGUGUUUAUGUGUCGGAGGAAGACGUUGGGACUUACACCAUUAAAGCAGUGGACGACCAGAGAACCUUGAACAAAAGUCUAUACCUCAGACCCCCUGAAAAUGUUUUGACCUUCAACCAGCUGGUGUCGUUGUGGGAGAACAAGAUUAAGAGUACCCUUGAGAAAGUCUACAUCCCAGAAGACCAACUUCUUAAGAACAUCCAGGAGUCUCCUUUCCCUGCCAAUUUCAUGUUAGCAAUAUGCCAUGCAAUGCUGGUUAAGGAUGUUACUUCGAACUAUGAGCUUGACCCUUCUUUCGGCGUGGAGGCUUCUGAAAUUUAUCCAGAGGUCAAAUACACUACCGCCGACAACUAUUUGAAUGCGUUCGUCUGAAAUCUGUGGAAAUCGUAGUUGCCAAUAACUACUGCACCCGACUCAAAAAAACAGAGUAUUUUUGUAUAUUUGUGUUGUCUUUCUGUUUGGCUAGUUACUUGUGCUUGUGUUUUCUACAAAACGAGUACUGUCCGCUGUAUAUUUUUGAGCGUGAUUGAAACUGCGUAAAAGUUCUUCUAAUACAGUAAUAUUAAUGUUCUGUCA